AUGCGCACAUCGAACACCCGUGAACGCCGGCAUGAGUAUAUGGCACAUCGGCUGCGCGUGCAAAAUGCCAAGAGUGUGGUGAACAGCCAACCACCAAGCCGUGUUGUGAAUCAGCCACGACGCGAAAUGAGUUUUACCGAGAUGAUGAACUCAGUGCGCACAGCCAUUCAAUGCAGCAGCAACAAGCGCACCUUCACCAAUGCGCCGGCCUCGACGACACCAUCGGCCACGGGCACCAUCUGGACUGUGGCCACAACUGCCUCCAACACAUCACCACGACGGCCCGCCAAAUCGCACAUCAAGUCAACGAAUAGCAAUGCGCUGACCAACGUAAGCCACGACAAAUCGGCGAUGCUGCUCUACGACUGCAACUCGUGUGGAUUGAUUGGUUGCUGUGGCACGUGUGGUGGCGCUGGCGAUCGACGGCACUGCAUGGUCACCUGCGCGCAUAUGCACGAAAAGUUAAAACGCAAGCUUAGCGCCAAUAAGGGUGACGGCGAUAAAUGCCGAGUUUCGUGUAGCAGCAUGCCAACAUUUCACGACAAUGUGGGCUUUAAUAGCAAUAUCGGAUUUGCUCCUUCCAUCAACACAAACAACGUUGAGCCCGCGUCGCGAAAUAGUUCAGAAAAUAACAAAAAAGUCGCGCCGCAGCCAAAUACUGCUGAGCAACGCGCUGCCUAUCAGCAUGCACGUCUCUCAAUGCCCUUGCGCUCAUUCUGGCACCGCAUCAAACGCAAAGAGUGGAAUGAUGACACGCGUAUACCUACGCCAAAACCCAAGCGCUGCUCUUCGGAAACAUCAAAGAACCAAAGCAAGCGCAGUGCGCAGCAUUCGGGUUUGCCUGAAGAACCGCAAGAUAACGGCAGCAGUCCAGCAUAUAAACGUGCUUCCAGCGCCAUGCAAGACGAUGGCUCACGUAGAGGUAUCCCACCGCAUGUGCUGAAGCAUUAUCAGGCUAUUACUGUCAGCACCGACGAGUCAAUGCUGCGUCGUCUACUACGCCCGCGCGUCUUUUUCGAUCUGGAGGUGAAAGGCAUAAGGCCGCUCGGUCGAAUCGUUAUACAGCUAUUUACGGAGGCCUGCCCUGAGGUGGUGCUGGAAUUCGUGCGCAUGUGCACUAUGGAGGGUGGUGAGCGCAUGCGCUUUACGCGUCUAUUUCCAAUGCUGUGGUUGGAGGGUGAACUGGCGCUGACCGACAAAAAGACGCUAACGGCGCACAACAUCGAGCAUGACAUGAAUGUGCUGGAUCAUGGCAGUGGAGCGGGUGUGCUUUCGUUUCCCAGCCGAUAUGUACGAGGCAGCAAGCGGCGUUUUCUCAGCUUUUCGAUUAGUUUUAAGCCGCUGAAGCUGCUAAAUGGAAAGCGUAUUGCAUUUGGUCGCGUGCGCCGUGGCUUUUGGAUACUCGACACCGUGCAGGACUACGGUACUAAUAGCGGGAAGCCACAACGUGAUAUAGCCGUGACGAACUGUGGUAUGUGCAAGUAA